AUGGCCCCUUCGUCGUGUCCUUUAUUCUUUCUCUUUCUCUUUCUCUUCCUUCACUCCGCCGACGCAUUCGCCAUUCUCGUUGCCGCCCAUCAUCCGUCCUUGAAUCUCCUCGGAAUCACCACGGUCCACGGCAAUGCGUCCCUGGAAAACACCACGGUCAAUGCCACGAGGAUCCUGGAGGCUAUCGGCCGCCCUGAGGUUCCCGUUUAUCCAGGACAUGCCAAACCUUUCUGCAGACCGGCCAUUCAUGCGCCCAAUAUCCACGGAGAUUCCGGUAUUGACGGCACGGAACUCCUGCCCAAACCAAGCACAGCCCCCGUGACAGACAAGAAUCCUAUUUUAGCGAUGCGCGAUGCUCUAUUGGCGCACCCGAAAGGGACACCUUGGGUCAUCGCAACCGGUGCCCUGACCAAUGUCGCCUUGCUGUUUGCAACCUUCCCCGAAGUGGCAGAGCACAUCCAGGGGCUGAGCAUCAUGGGUGGCGGCGUAGGUGAAGGGUUCACUGAUGCGCCCAUGAGUCGGCUGAAGGGCCAAGAGGCGCGGAUUGGCAAUGUCACUCCUUUGGCGGAGUUUAACGUCUACUGUGACCCCGAGGGAUCUCAGUCCAUCUUCAGCAACCCCGUCCUAGCAUCUAAGACGACCCUGAUCUCCCUCGACUUGACGCAUCAGGUUCUCGCCUCGCCUUCCGUGCAAUCCCGCAUCCUACAUGGAGGCGACGAUGCGUCCGCGCCCUCCACCGUCCUGCGCCAGAUGCUCUUCGAGCUAUUGACCUUCUUCUCCUCGACGUACGAGAGCGUAUUUGGGCUAAAUGAUGGUCCGCCCCUGCAUGACCCGCUCGCCGUGGCAGUGAUCCUGUCGACGCUCAACCCGGUCUUCGCCAAGCAACAUCCUGAUCAGGUCUUGAAGUUCGAUGACCGCAACGGGGAGCGAUUCACCGUGAGUGUCAUCACCGACGGGCUCCAUGGAACGGACGUCGAGUUGGUUGGGUCGUUGGGUCGUUCCGUCGUUGCGCCUAUCGCUCAGGGCGUAGCUAUCCCGCGAGGCGUGGAUGUCGAUGCGUUUUGGAAUAUCAUUCUGGAUUGUCUUCGACGAGCAGACGAAUGCAAUGCUGCGCGUAAGAAGGCCUGAUUGGGGUGGUUUAUCAUCGGUUUGUUACAUAUCUAGAUCGAGU